UUUGUUAAUCUGCUUUAUUACAUGUGCAUUGAACAGAAACAUUCAAUCUGAUCUGGUGUAAAAGAUAAAGGGAAUAUAUAGUGAACUGAGCGUGGAAAACUUUGAGCUUUAAGAAUACAGAGUAAACAUGGGAUCCAGUGAAAGCAAGAUGUCUGUGGCAUCAACACCUCGGGUAGAUCCGAGCCAGCGGCCGAAAGCAGCGCGUGUAGCGAGACUCGCAGACCCGCGUUCACCGUCCUGUGCUAUCGACCGCACACCUGUACAGGUGGGUGUGGCUUACUCUCCUCUGCCUGUGGUGGAGUCAGUUGGGCCUGGAUUUGUUGACCCCCGAUCACCCACGGCUGGCAUUACGCGAACACCAAUAAAGGUGAGCGUCACAUCUCUCGCUCGGCGGCUGAGCACCUUCUUUCUCAAUGAUGUCAAGUCCGGUGGCGAGACUAUUUCUCCUCUUCCUCCGGUCUCCUUUACCAAACACCCCAGGCUGCCCAAUGGGGCUCGGCAAAAUGAUUCCGGCCCCAGAGAGCCCCUUCUCCCUCUGGUAAAAGCUCAGAACUCCGCCUCACUCAGGGAACGCACCGAUGCCGUGUUCACCCCUGCGGUGUCCUCUCCUUCACUGGGCUACGGCUCCAUAUGCAGCAGCCCGUUUGUGUUGGUUGGAGACACGCUGAUGGAGGUAGAGGUGGAUCCUGAGGCCUCGCUGGAAGAGGCGGAGGAGGCUCUGCUGCUUGGUGCUUCACCAUUAAAGAAAGAGCUCAGUUUGAGUCUUCUUGCGUGUCAUGAAGGUGUUUACUCAUCUUCUCAGGAGGAACGUCCUCUUACUCCUCUUCCUCCUGUUGAGAAUGAAGAUCAUUCCUACACGCUCUUCUCAGUCGCCCCAGCAUCCACAGAGCCUGAGCCUGUUGCUGAAGCUGUCGUGACCCCGGAGGAAGCGGAGGUCCCAUCCCAGAUGUCUGACGAACAGGUCACACCUGCACUUCCUGAGUCACGCCAUGAGCAGCCAGAGGUGAGCAAACCUCUCUCGCCUCAACCGGCUGUUGCCUCCAGCAAAUCCAGCCCAGUGACCAGCGUCCAGGUCGAAACGGUGCAGUCUGGCAUCCGUUGUCUGAAGUUUGACACCCGCAGCCCCAGUCAAGCCAUUUUUAAGCCCCAGUGGUUGGGGGUAGGAUUCGGGACCGCUGGUGUCAGAGCAAGAGGGGUACAGGGACGUGGAAAAACGUUUGUCUCUUCACCGCUCUCCACCAAAAACACAGCCACAAACGAGAAUAACAACAUGGUUGUGCGCGCCAAACAAAGACCAAGAGAAAAAGUUCUGAUUGGUGAGGGCAGAUCGCCUCUGCAGAUCCUGAGGGAAGCUAAUUCACCCAGAGACCGCAACUCUCAGAUGAAGCUGAAAGUGUCCACCCCAGAAAAACAGAGAUUCACCCAGAUGGACAGGAGAGCUCUGACUCUAUCACUCAACAAGGAGAACGAGUGAGAAACUGGGCUCACCAGGAUGAAUCCAGCCAACACUAUGUAUAUACUACAAUUUUAAGCCUUAAACUACAUGAUCAUUCUAUUUUUCCUUUUCUUUGUUGUUUCUUUGUGUGUUUGUAAAUAAACUGUUUUUAAUGUAAAUAAAAUUUACACUU